UUCGCUGAGUGUUCACACAAACUCCUCGUUGAAAUGUAAAUUCGUGCAUUUAUUUUGUGUUCACCAACAGACUUCAUCUUUUUUUCCCACCCAUUUACUCCCAAAGGGAUUCCCUUAGGAUUUUCCACACUCAUAAAUUUCCUCUCAGCUACAGCUUGACCUCUGCAAGUCAAGCGAGGAAGUGUGGGAGAAGUUUUUGAGAAAUCUCCCCGCAGAGUUAUUCCCCCCAAAGGAGAUUCCCCAAGAAAGGCAAUUUGUCAACCCUGCUGUUUGGACUUUUGAUUGUGUGUGGAGCACAUAAUUCCAAGAGUGUUGGUUCUUGGAAGACUCCGUGAACGUGGAGUGUCUCACCUGGAAUUUCGCACCUUGAGUCACUUUUUCGGGGGUCUGUGCCGUCAGAAGUCAAGUUUCGGGUGUUGUUGAUUUAAUCAAUUGGGUGGUGGUCUAAUUGGCUGUGCAAAUUUACGGAGUGCGUGUUCUUGUGGAAAAUGUGGUUCGAUGAAUAAGUUAAUUUCGCGGGCGAGUCAUUAAACCAUGGACCUUCUAUCACUCCUCAUCUACUACUGUACGUGGUCUGUGAUCGUUUAUCUAGCGGUGAGAAGUAUAGUCGAAGCAAUGGCCAUCGCUAAAUCACGCAAGAAAGGCUACUAUCGGAGGCCAAAACGAAGACACUCAAUGCCAGCCAGGAAGGGGCUUUUGGCGCCCCAGAAUACAUUCUUGGAUACAAUAGCAACACGCUUUGAUGGCACACAUUCGAAUUUUGUCCUGGGAAAUGCUCAGGUGAAGGGCUACCCGAUUGUCUACUGCUCAGAUGGUUUUGUGGAGCUGUCCGGAUUCUCCCGUGCACAAAUUAUGCAGAAAGGAUGUGCCUGUCGCUUCCUCUAUGGUCCGGAGACAAAAGAUGAGCACAAAGCUCAAGUGGAGAAGAGUCUCGAUGGGAAAGUCGAGCUCAAGCUCGAGGUUAUAUUUUACAAGAAGAAUGGAACUCCUUUUUGGUGUCUUCUCGAUAUUGUUCCAAUUAAGAAUGAGAAACGUGAAGUUGUUCUAUUCUUGGCAUCUCACAAGGAUAUCACAAACACCAAAAUGGCAGAACUGUCCUUGUCUGAUGAAUGUGAUAGCGCUGCCUUAUUGGGUGCUCGAUUUAGAUCAUCAGCUGACUCCUCCUUACUUCCAGACGUUGGUGGUGAGGCGGGUGACUUUGAUGUCCCAAGUGGGGUCAACAUGGGCCGGAGGCGAUCACGUGCAGUUCUCUACCAGCUCUCUGGCCACUACAAGCCGGAGAAAGCCAAGACUAAACUGAAAUUGAACAAUAACUUGCUGCACUCGACUGAUGCCCCCCUGCCGGAGUACAAGACUCAAGCAGUGAAGAAGUCUCGCUUCAUCCUGUCGCACUAUGGGAUGUUUAAGGGAUGCUGGGACUGGUUGAUUCUCGUGGCAACGUUCUAUGUUGCCGUCGCGGUGCCAUACAAUGCUGCCUUUGUCAAGACGGAUCGCAUGACAAUGCCCUCAGAUGUUGUAGUGGAAGCUCUUUUUAUUGUAGAUAUUAUAUUAAAUUUCCGGACGACGUACGUGUCUCGAAAGGGCGAAGUGGUGUCCGAUUCGAAAGCGAUAGCGCUCAACUAUCUCAAGGGGUGGUUCGUGGUGGAUCUCCUGGCUGCCCUGCCCUUUGACCAUCUCUAUGCAAGCGACCUCUACAGUGGUGAGGAGUCUCACAUUCAUCUCGUGAAGCUCACGCGGUUGCUGCGGCUGGCGAGGUUACUGCAAAAAAUGGAUCGCUAUUCACAGUACACAGCAAUGAUCCUCACCCUUCUCAUGCUCUGUUUCUCCCUCGUUGCACACUGGCUGGCUUGCAUUUGGUUCGUCAUAGCUGAGAAGGAGAGGAUGUACAAUGACAUUGACUGGGAUAUUGGAUGGAUGCAUACACUGUCGGAGCGACUGAAAAUUCCCGUGACAAAUCUCACUCAGGUGGAAGUGUACGUUACAAGUCUCUACUUCACCUUUACGAGUCUCACAUCGGUGGGAUUUGGUAAUGUGAGUGCCAACACGACGGCCGAGAAGGUCUUCAGUAUUAUCAUGAUGCUGAUAGGGGCCCUGAUGCACGCCGUUGUAUUCGGUAAUGUCACAGCUAUCAUCCAAAGGAUGUAUUCGAGGAGAUCGCUCUACCAGAGCAAGUGGAGGGACCUAAAGGAUUUCAUUGCACUGCACCAGAUGCCAAAGGAACUGAAACAACGAAUGCAGGACUAUUUUCAGACAGUUUGGUCUCUAAAUCACGGCAUUGACAUCAAUGAGAUUCUCAAGGAGUUCCCCGAAGAGCUCCGUGGCGACGUUUCGAUGCAUCUCCAUCGUGAAAUUCUUCAGCUACCCAUCUUCGAAGCUGCAUCGCAGGGAUGCCUGAAGCUUCUAUCGUUGCACAUCAAGACAACCUUUUGUGCCCCAUCGGAGUACCUCAUCCACAGGGGAGAUGCCCUCAAUCACAUUUACUACAUCUGCAAUGGCUCCAUGGAAGUUAUGCAAAAUAACAUGGUUGUGGCCAUUCUUGGAAAGGGAGACUUGGUGGGAUGCGACAUCUCAGCCCACUUGACAACCCACUCAAAUGGCCAGGGUGGCAACACAAAUGCCCAGAGUCAGGAUGUUAUUGUGAAGAGUAGCAGUGAUGUUAAAGCCCUUACAUAUUGUGAUCUCAAAUGCAUCCAUAUGUGUGGACUCGUUGAGGUUCUCAGACUCUAUCCAGAGUACCAGCAGGAGUUUGCCAAUGACAUCCAGCACGACUUGACGUUCAAUCUCCGCGAAGGCUAUGAAGCUGAGCAGGAAUCAGACAUCAAUGGACCCUCCCUGGCACUCCCGUCAAUCAGCGAAGACGAUGAAAAUCAACCAGAUUCAGAUGCACAUUCCGUGUCACCGCACACAAAUCUCACGAGAUCACCGCUCCAUGCAAACAGUAGUCCUCGGCAUGGAAAAUUCCUCCAGAGGGGAAGAUCCUUGGCAGCUUUGCGGGAACGUGUUGAACGUCAGAGAUCCGUUCCAAGUCAAUCACCAACUUUGCAAAACACUCAAUCAAAUAGUCUUGAAGGUUUGAACUUAGAACAACCCCAUAGACCAUCUCAUGAUCGUCUUGAUAGCCUGCAUCAGGACGUGACGGCGCUCAGUAUAGAAGUACGCAAUGCAAUUCAGGCCCUUCAGGAGAUGGCAAUGUCCCGCCUAACAUCCCAGGCUGACCUGAGUUCACACCGCUUUGCACCAGCACGUUCCAUUCCUAAUUUACCCAAUGGUACGGGUGCUGCAAUGGCCUAUGAGCAACUCCUAAUGGCACGGAGUUCGUCGCAUCCACCGGAAAUUUGGGGUAGGGAAAUGUGCCUGUCGGAGGAUCAGUAUGCACAUGGAACGGGAGCGCCUCCCGAGUACGCCGAGUCCGUGAGGAGCCUCAGUAGCGUGGCCACGCAGACGGAAGCGGCGAUCGACUACGAGACCCUCGAGAAGAUCGUCCUCCGUAAUCCGCGGCUCGUGCUCGGCAUCCUCGGGAUUGACGCGGUUUAUCGUACUGAAUGUGAAGUAGCACCAAAACCAUCGACACUCAAUACAAUUCCAGAAGCUCUAAGUUCACCAGAGGUGAGCAAUCACAAUCUAAAUGGACUCCUGUGUGAUGAAGUUGUCGUGGAGGAACCAACCAAUGAGAAUUCCCGCUCAACGGAUGCUCUUCUCGGGAAUAGCUGUGAGAAUGUUGCUGAAAAGGAAGAAAGCACCGUGGAGAGUAGUUCCUUUGCAGCAAGUCUUCGGGAGAAGUACAAAUGGGAGAAGAGUUUGCGUAAAUCCAUGUCAGACUUUGGGAUGAGUAAGUCAAGUAGCAGCAAUAGCCUCACAACACUCUCAAAUAGCAAAUCCACCGACUCGGAUAUGAUGGGAAAGCAGAAACCAUCGAGAAGAUCACUUAAAGGAGCUCCGGAGAAGAAGGACUAUGAGAGAUUUUCCUCAGCUGAGAGUCCACCUGAUUGUGCAGCAUCAACAUCGAAUUACUUCGAAGAAUCCGAUGAGACGAGAGCUCUCCUUGGACGGGAAAAUCGCGUAACUAUGCGCAAAGCAAGUGGAACCACCCGAGCACCGGCUAGUUAUCGCUUCUCUGCUGGGGAUGCUGAUAAACUAGAGGCAGGGAUAAAGAAUCUCCCAUCGACGCGGUCUCUCAAAGAAAGCUGAAUCCCCCACUUUUUUCUCUAAAAAAAACCACCGAGUUAGCACCACUUCUAAUUAAUAGGAAAAUGUAAAAAUUGCAAAAUAUGUGUUGUUUGGAAGUCUUUUGGGCAAAUUUUUGCCUCCCACUUACAAAAAAAAUUCAGCUCAAGUGACCAAAACGUCCUUCACAAAAUUUGAGAAUUUUUAGCUCACAAAUUAACUUUUAACAAAAGAAAACUCAACUCAUUGUCCAACUUCAUUCUAAAAAAAAUUAAUAUUUAUUAACACUCUCCCCUUCAUUACUACCCCCAGAAACCCCUCCACACACACACCACAAAAAGAGCUCAUCUUUCGUGUGAUAAAUAGUGAGGCGGUAAAUCAAUCAAUAAUUUUUGUACAUAUCAGAGAGAGGUAAACGACUCUAUGUAUCCUCCCAGGCUGGAGGAAAAGUCCCUCCCAGGCCGGAGGAAAAGAUGGGAAUUAUUUUUUCAAUUGUAGUGCCUCUAAAUUAUAGGAUGAUAAGAUUCAAAUUAAAUGUUCAAAAUAAAAAGAGACUAUAUUUGCUUGAAACUCUCCUCUUCUCAUGAAUGUCAACAAAAAAACCAAAAUAAACUUCAGAGCCAUAUUUUUCGAGACAAAACACUUGAAUCACUGUGAAUCUGUUAAAAACAUUCCAAAAAAAAAUGAUAAAAAAUUUAAAGACGUGAUAGUUGGUAGUUCUUAAGGCACAUUGGCAUUCAAAUUUGCUUUAUUUUAGGAGAAGAAAUAAAAUGAAAAUCAAUUGAA